CCCAUGAAGAUGGAGCAAAAGAUGUCAGUGAUGGUUUCCGUGGCUUCGUUGUUGACUAAACUCUGCUGCCUGCUGGUAAUGCCAGGUUUCAUAGGAGCAACAUCUCUGACGAAAGUAAAACAGCCUGAUGGAAAUCCUGUCAGGAUUGGUUCUGCUAAAGCGAACGAUUUCUUGGCGAACUUUCGACCCAAGAGGAACGUCGAUCCUAAAUGGUACCGAAGUGACCCCGACUUUCAGUCCUACUACAGGUUCUACAACAGCAUCGGACACAUUGAAGGACUUUAUGAGAUAGACCGGAUCAGGAUGUUGUAUCAGCAGAUGCGUCACCUGGAGCUGACCUAUGGGCCCGACGCCGCCAGCUACCAAAACAAAAUGGGUGCUACAACCAGCACCGCAGUACUAUCUACAACAACUCACCCCCCCACCACACCAGCUCCCACACUAGACCCACUGGAGAAAGCUGAGACGAUCUAUCUGUGCAACCCCAAAGACCCUCUUUGCAAACCUCGGAUUGUCUACCUGCCGACGGGAGCUGUCCCAAUACUGUGUGACCCCAGACUCAACCCAGCAUGCAGUGCUACAAAAGAAGAGGGGGUUAGAAAUAUUACUCCAUCUCAGCCAACACCAGCCACUCCUACUCCUGGAAAGGCUGUUCCACCUGUCCCUCCUCCGGUCACCAAGAAAGGGAUGGAAUACGACUGUGACCCGUACUGGGAUCCAGACUGCCUCAUCGACCAGCCUCCCCAUCCUGCACAGGAAGCAUCAUCACCUGUAGCACCAGACGAGGAAACAACAGAUGAAGGGAAUGUUCCUGUUGUUUUAAACGUAGCUAAAAAGAAAAGGCCUGGCCCUUAUUUUGACCCUUAUGAUUUCAAAAGUGACCUGUAUGACCCCUAUCGUGAUGCUCAGCCAGCUCCGGAUCCACAAUAAGAACAAACUGUCCACAAAAAGAAGACAAAUCGAUCUUUGACCAAAACAAGAGUACAGUUCAGUAAUUCAGGUUAAGCUACAAAUAUUACAUGAUUUCUCAGAUGAAAAACAAUACAGUGCCUGUACAA